UAUUUUUAUUUUAUUUUAUUAUAUUCACAAUAUUUGAUAAAACUCACCACACCGGAAAAAAAAAAAAAAGAACAAUGUCGUCGACUCAGGAGUUGAGCCACAAGGCCGGAGAGAUCACCGGUCAAGCUCAGAUCAAGAAGGAUGAAUACGUGAACAAGGCAUCAAACGCAUUGAACGAAGCAUCUCAGAACUCAGAGUCCGAUCAGAACAACCCUUCAAUCACUUCGCAGGCCUCAAGCUUCCUUCAACAGACGGGGGUACAAGUGAAGAGCAUGGCACAAGGAGCAGCCGAUGCCGUGAAGAACACACUCGGCAUGAACUCCGACAACAAUACCGGCAAUCCGACCACCGGCAGGAACCACCCGACCAACCCUGGUCCUCGCGUUUGAAGAAAUACGCAAUAAUAAUAAUAAUAUGUUCUCAAAUUAAGAUAAUAAUACAAAUUAUGGAAUUAUAUAAACUUUCCAUGAUUUGUAAUAGAAAGUAAUAUUCGAUAUUCGAUCUUGUUUUGGUAUUUGUUUAUUUGGGACGUGUGGUUUGGGGCAUUUCACAUGUCUCUCUCUCUUCGUACCCCUUAUAAGAUUGGUUAAUCUUAUGAAUCUAUCAGUUUUUUUAUGUCAAUAUAUGAUGCUCUCUUUAUUUAA